GACACGCUCUCGACCCCCCAAAACAAGCUGGGUUUAUCUCCUCAUCUGUCCCUCACAGAGGCGUUAGCUCCUCGGUGUAGCAUCGUCAUGCUACACACAGCUGUCAUGGACGAAGACGUCUUGUUCCUGCUACACAGGCAGCGACAGUAAAGGCUGACGUGCUGUGCUGGUUCUCUUGGUCUGACAGGUGGGCAGGAUGGGGGACCGGGCCGUCAGUGGCCCAGUGGCUGCGAUCUCUCCACUGCAGCAGAUGGUGGCCUCUGGCACUGGAGCCCUCCUCACAUCUUUAUUUGUCACGCCGCUGGACGUUGUGAAGAUCCGGCUGCAGGCUCAGCAAGCACCGUUCCACAACGCUUUAGCCUGUGAGUCUGCUCCUUGGGGCGGCGUCAUCCGCCCUUCCAAGUGGAAAUGUUUCGUGUAUUGUAAUGGACUGAUGGAUCACAUCUACGUUUGUCAGAACAGAACCAGCUACAGCAGCUGGUACAAAGCACCGACACAUUUCAGCGGAACUUUAGAUGCUUUUGUGAAAAUCAGUCGACAUGAAGGACUCAGGUCUUUGUGGAGUGGACUACCACCGACACUGGUUAUGGCAGUACCUGCCACUGUCAUCUACUUCACCUGCUACGACCAGCUGCGAAACUACCUGACAUUCGGACUGGGUUUUCAAGGCAGCCAUGUUCCUCUCGUUGCUGGUGGUCUGGCCAGAUUGGGGGCUGUGACGGUCAUUAGUCCUCUGGAGCUGAUCAGGACUAAGAUGCAGGCCCGUCGGCAGCCCUACAGCGAGCUGCAGGCGUGUAUCCGCUCCGCUGUGGCCCAGGACGGCCUGCUGUCUCUGUGGAGGGGCUGGACACCCACCAUUCUAAGAGACGUCCCUUUCUCAUGCUUGUAUUGGUUUAACUAUGAACUGCUGAAGGCCCAGUUAUGUGAACAGUUUGGAAGGUCUCAGGCCAACUUCCCCAUCAGCUUUACGGCAGGAGGUGUCUCUGGAGCUAUCGCUGGGAUCCUCACUCUGCCUUUUGACGUGGUGAAGACACGCAGACAGAUCCAACUGGGAGAGAUGGAUACUCUAGGAGGUCCCUUGAAGAAAACUUCGUCCACGUGGCACAUGAUUAAGAAGAUAUGGGUUGAGGUGGGCUACAGGGGGCUUUUUGCAGGUUUCAUGCCCAGGGUGAUCAAAGUGGCCCCAGCCUGUGCGAUCAUGAUAAGCACCUAUGAGUUUGGAAAGACCUUCUUCCACGAGAGGAACCUUGAUCAGGCAUCAUGAAGGUUGUCUGUGCAGAGCUGGGUGUUUCUCAGCGGCAGAAGCAUAUGCAGACAUUGUCAUGAGGACACAUGGGACAUAACCUCCGUAGACGAAUGGAGGAAAGGGUGGGUUUGGACAUAGGAGGUGUCUCUACCUGCAAAUCUGAUAUUCUACAAGCCGGGACCAGGAGGGACACUCAAGGUUGACUUUAUAUGUGGGGACGAUUUGAGUGAACCUUUUACAGGCAUCUUUGAAAAGAGAAUGUUCUUUUUCGGUUUUUCUGUGUGUGACACAAAUCAAACGUGUCACCGUCGUCCUCGAUGAGUUGUGUAGGUUUAUUGCUGCAUGGGAAAAUCCAAACCCUCUUAAAGACUUCAACUGCAUCAGCACUGUGGCAUGAGUGCAAGGGAAAUAUUCUUAUACCUGUAUUCUGCAUCUCCUGAGUAACUGCAUGGUGUGUACAACUACAUUAAGUACAGAAGCUGGAUAAUAAAAUGCGGCCCACUGUCUUCCUGCAUCACUGCAUUACACUGCAUUCCUGUAGCAAUGAAACACAACAUUUAUGACAAUCUGCUGAGUAGAUGAGUGACAAAUCAGUUUUGUGUGCUGUUUAAAUGUAACCAUUUAUACAGCCCUUUACAUUUGCAACACGAGCUGUGAUAAGAAUCAAUGAUCAUUAACUUCAGGUUGGCUUUCGUGUCCUGAAUGUGCCCCUCUUCUCUAUUCUCAUAACUGGAGGAAAGCCAUAGAAUAAGACACGCACGAGGAGACCUGGUGAUAUUUUUUCACUGGUGCAUGGGUAAUGUAUAUUAUGGUAUUAAAUAACAAUGACUAUACAACACACACGUAAAAAGGGAACUGCAGCCAACCUUCCAAAAGACAUACUUUUAUUUUUAAAUAAUGAUUUAAAAAAGCUAAAACAAAAGAAAUUCAAACUUCAACCUGUUGAUAUUCAGGUGAAUGAAUACCUGUCAGCACAAUGCAAUACUUAUCUGAAACAUGUUAGAACACUGGACAUAAAACUAAAUAUUGCUGCCUUAACCUAAAAGGUGUUUUGUUUAUCUUUUGUUUUUGUUAUUGUCAUGACUGAGAUUGUAAUAAAUAAUGAUACAGCUUG